ACCCACGUUUUCCCCGCAAAACCCCUGGCUGUCGAGCAUACCUCCAGGCACGGCCGCUAUUUAGCAUCCACAUGCCCAUGCUCGCUAUGCCGUCACAUACAGCUUCAGCUCUGUCAGAAGCAUACCACUUGAACCUACGUUCGGAGUAUCCGACGUGAUAGUCUUAUCUUCCUUCAAACAUCCGCCAUUCAAUCACUACAGCCUACACCAUCAUGUCGCCCCCAUCAUUGCAAACGCCGCUUUCGAAGCUGCUGGGCAUCCAGUACCCGAUAAUACUCGCCGGCAUGGCGCGCACAUCUGGUGGUCCCCUCGCGGCUGCCGUAUCAAACGCAGGCGGCCUGGGCGUGAUUGGAGGUCUAGGAUACACCCCUGAACAGCUUCAAUCCAUCAUCGACGACCUCAAGUCGAACCUCCGAGACAAGAACUUGCCGUUCGGUGUCGACCUCGCGCUUCCACAAGUCGGUGGUAGCGCACGCAAGACGAACCAUGACUACACACAUGGACAGCUCGACGAUCUCAUCGAAGUCACAAUCAAGAAUGGCGCGAAGCUGUUCGUCAGCGCUGUUGGUGUACCACCCGAGCGAACGAUCAAGAGGCUGCACGAAGCAGGCAUUCUGAUUAUGAACAUGGUCGGACACCCCAAGCACGCGAAGAAGGCACUAGAUGCAGGUGUGGAUAUUGUAUGCGCUCAGGGUGGAGAAGGCGGAGGACAUACCGGCGAUAUCGCGAACAGCAUCCUGAUUCCAUCCGUCGUGGACAUCGCACGCAAAUACAAGAGCCCUCUCACAGGUCAACCAGCCAUGGUAGUGGCAGCAGGAGGAAUCUACAACGGCCGCAGCCUGGCAAGCAGUUUGAUGCAAGGCGCACAGGGUGUGUGGGUUGGUACACGCUUCGUCGCGUCCACUGAGGCUGGCUGCUCGCAAAUGCACAAGGAAAAUGUAGUUACUGCCGACUUUACAGACACAGGCCGGACACUAGUUGUCAGUGGUCGACCAUUGCGCGUCAAGUACAACGACUACAUCAAAGAGUGGCAUGAGCGCGAGGACGAGAUCAAGAAGCUGACGGAUGCGGGUAUUGUGCCGCUGGCGAAGGACAUGGACGAUGGGAAGGAUGUGGAUAUCCCGUUCUUGAUGGGCCAGGUUGCGGGGGUAAUCGGCGAUAUUAAGCCUGCAAAGGAAAUUGUGGACGAGAUGGUGCAAGAGGCCGUCGACAUGCUGAGGCUAGGGCAGACAUAUAUCGGAGGGCCGAGUAGUAAACUGUAGAUGAUAAUUGCCGACUUGAUGUGUCUCAAUGUUGGUUCCUCGGAUUUCGGUUCUUGUGGUACAAGGUACUUUUGUGUAACACCAACGC